AUGCCUUCAGAAGAGAAGUUAGACAAGAAACAGCCAGUGGGUGAAGAUUUGGACGAUUUGGAUGAUUUGGAUGACUAUUUGGACGAUUUCGCUGAUGAUAUAUUGAGUAAACCACCAGGACAUGAUUUAGAAUCACAUAACCAAGAUUCAAAAGAUCAAGAGAAGGAUACUACUAUAGAUGGUGAACCUCUUUCUAAUUCAGAUAAACAACAGAUUGAAGAUCUUUUGAAACAAUUGGAGAGUGAAUCCCCAGAAGCUAGACAACAAUUGGAUGCAUUAUUGAAAGAUGUAUCAACUUUAAAUGGUCCAAGUGAUGUGAAACCAAAUGAACAACUUCAAAAAGAUUCUAAUGAUAAAGAUUUGAAAGAUACCAUAUCGAGUACGUUAAACAGAUUAAAAUCAAGCGGUGCUAAAGUUGAUGAAUCCAUUAAGAGUGAAGAACCAGAUCAAUUUUUGAAUGAUCUUUUUAAUCAAUUGAAUCUUGAUGGUGAAGGAAAUCCAGGUGAAGAUGGUGAUUUUGAUAUUACUAAAUUACUCGGUGAUAUGUUGGAACAAUUAGCUUCUAAAGAGAUUUUGUAUGAUCCACUUAAAGAUUUAUCAUCAAAAUAUCCAAAAUGGAUUGAAGAAAAUAAAAAUAAAAUUACUAAAGAAAAAUUGGAACGUUAUACUAAACAAUCAGAUAUCGUGAAAAGUAUAGUGGAUAAAUUUGAUGAAGAAUCAUAUAGUGAUUCAAGUAAACCACAUAAAGAAUUCAUUUCAACUAAAUUAGAAGAAAUGCAAAAUUCUGGUAAUCCACCUGAAGAUUUAGUUGGUGAUUUUAAUAAAACUGGACUUCCUGGAUUAAAUUUUGGUAAUGACGAUUUACCAGAUAAUUUGGAUAAAGAAUUGGAACAGAACUGUGCUAAUCAAUAA